AUCUGGAUCAUUCAAUGCUGUGUGUUGCCCUUGUGUUUACAUUUUGGUUCAAUAUUUCCCGGCCUGCAGUACACUCUCCUGGCAUUUCUUCCAUAUUACUGCUGUUUUUCUCAUUAUUUCCCGGUAUUGAUCCCAGUACUGAUAUUAAUCUGCUUCAUUCAAUGCUGUGUGUUGCCCUUGUGA